AGCAUGGAAUGAAAGAACAGUCGGAGAGGUAUGCGAGUGACGUCACGCCGUCCAGUUGGACUUUCACCAUCUGGUCAGUGAUCUACGCCUGGCAGGGGCUGUGGGUGGUGUACUCACUGGUCAACUUGUGUAGGCUGGGACCUAGAGGUCCAGUCUGCACUAGCCCCGCCUUCCUGCCCCCCGCCCUGUUCGUUCUCAGCCUUGGAAUCUACGGCAGCAACGUAGUCUGGCUGGUUCUCUUUGACAGGGACGAGAUCGUGGCAUCCUCUGUAGUCCUGAUCGUGUACAGUAUCUUCCUCUACCUCGCCCUGGCUGCCUCCUACGUAGCCCUGGACAGAUCCUGCCGCCUACUCCUACAACAACGACAACGUACAGACGUCUGGCUCACCCGACUCCUCGUUCACAACAGUCUGGGGCUACAAGCCGGCUGGGUUACCGUAGCAACCGCCGUAAACAUCUCCAUUUGGAUGACGUACGACACAGAUCCGGCAAUUGAGCGGGAAACUUCCGGGACCGCCGUGUUGGGGAUUUUGUCAGUAGAAUUAUUGUUCUUCGCUGUGACAGACUUGUUUGUUUUCGACCGCUACUCUCGUUAUACUUUCACACCAUACGCAGCCGUUAUUGUUGGUAUGGCGGGGGUUGUUGAUAAGAAUUACGUGGAAGGAGAAAGAAACAGCAUAUUUUCUGUGACUCUGUUAUCCGUAGCUUGUAUUUUCCUUUUUCUUAAGAUCUGUCUCGCUUCCUAUUGGCACACCACAAAGCCGAGGUAUGGAGAAACGUCUCCGGACUCGAAGCAGCGACAAGUUCUUCCUCACUUCCAAGGUUUUGUGGCUUGAAGAAUAAGUAACAUUAUCACCUCCUGCAAAUUUGAUUUGUCUGCAUUUUCAUCUGGAGGGGAUUCGUUAGGUCAGUAGUCUAUAUAUGGCUUAAUGGGUUACCACAGUGUGAAUGGCUCCGGUUCGAAUGUCCAAAUGGGCGUUCUUGAACUUUGGUAA